AUGGAUUAAUCAACUUUGAUUGACGAAUCAGAAUAGUCUUUUGAAUAAUCCAGAAGGGUGGAACCAACCAACAGAAUCAGCUACGCUCAAAUAAAAAAUUAUUAAGUAGCUAUUGUGCAUGCAUUAAAGUUAAGUUUCAUUCGAGAUGUGUAACAAAACAAAAUGCCAUUUGAUUCCUUACCUAACAUUGUAUAACAAAAAAUAAGCGACUUUGAAGAUGAAUUUCAGGACUUAUGGAAAGAGUCGGAUGAAUUUCUGAGGGAAAAUGGAGAGGCCAUUGAAAAACUUGUUAUGAAACCACUUUGUUCUAAAUUGAUCUCAAUCGAUCCAGUCAAAGAUAGAGAAAUUGAAUUUUCUAUGAAAGCAUAUUCAUUUGUUCAAGCUAAACAUCUUGAAAUCGAUGAAAACAUUGAAAAGCAUAAAAUGUUUAACCAAGUAGUUGAUUUAAUAUCUAAAAUUGAUAAAGUAGAAACUCCAAAAGAAAAACUCAAUUGUAUUGUCAAUGCAGGCAAACAAACAACUAUUGUCAAUCAAAUGGCCAAUAAUCAACCAACUGGGGCUGACAACUUGUUACCUGUAUUAAUAUAUGCCACUCUCAAGGCCCAACCAUAAAAAGCUUAUUCUAAUAUUUUGUUUGUGAGUUAUUAUAGAUCCCCCAAAAGAAUUACCGGAGAAGAUGAAUACUAUUUUACUACUUAUGAGUCAACUCUCUAAUUUAUUGAAAAAUUGGAUUAUCACAAAUUAAAUAUCAAUCAUCAAGAAUUUCAAGAUCUAAGUAAAGAACGUCUAGACACAAUCAAAAAUUCACAAAAUGAAUUAUCUCAAAAUGGUGUUUUCAAUAUGGAUGCCCAUUAAAAUUAUGUCAAUUUGUAAAUGAUUAAAAUGAAAAUACAAGAUCUUCAACGCAAAUCAAAGUUCUAUGAACAAUCAAAGAAAUAUAAAUUGAAAUUCAACCAGAAAUAGUUAAAUAACAUUACCUUGAAUGAAAUCCCAGAAUUUUAUGAAGAAUAUUAGAAUCUAUACAAAAAUCUAAUGGAAAUGUAAAAGGAUAUCCACAACCUUUAUGAUUUGACUAAUGAAAUAAUCAAGGAGAGUUAAAGUGAAACCAAAAAGUAGGCAACUCGAAAAUUCUUUGGGAUUCUUUGA